CACGCAUGGUGCAUCUAACAUGCUUUUAAAGGAACUUGCCAUCGAAGACGUUCAAGAAUACAGAAACUGUAUGAGAAUGUCUCCUGCUUCCUUUGACGUUCUUCUGAAAAAAAUAUCGCCAGCUAUACAGCGAUCUGACACCACAAUGAGAAUGGCUUUACCUGCCAGAACAAAAUUAGAAAUUACUCUGUCAUAUUUAGCUACUGGAAAUAGUUAUCGAAAUUUGCAGCAGCAAUUCCGUGUUUCCCGCCCUGCAAUUUCCAAGUUUAUUCCAGAAGUAUGCGAUGCCAUAUACGAUGCAUUGGAGGAUUUUAUACAGGUACCAAAAAGUAACAAAGAAUGGAAAGCUAUCGAAAGUGAUUUCAACCAUAGAUGGAAUUUUCCAGGAUGUUAUGGUGCCAUUGAUGGAAAACACAUACUUAUUCGAGCUCCUAAGAAUUGUGGCAGUAACUUUUUCAACUAUAAGGGACAAAACAGUAUUAUUUUUAUGGCAAUUGUAGACGGAAAUUACAAUUUUAUAUACAUUGAUGUUGGCUACAAUGGAAGAGCCUCAGAUGGAGGAGUUUUUGCGCAGUGUUCUAUUUUUGCUGCUUUAGAAAACAAUAUAUUACCGGAUGGUGGAUUUCUUGUUGGAGACGACGCUUUUCCGUUAAAGCAUUAUUUACUUAAACCAUAUUCAAAGAAUGCACUUACUGUUGAUGAAAAAAAUCUUCAAUUAUAG